AUGAUUCCAAAUAUCUAUUUAGAUCAGAACAAAUACACAAUAUGCGGAGUUGAAAUAUGGACUCCAAAAUUAGUAAAGGCACCUGAAAAAUUAAUGCAUAAGGUCAUUUCUACUCUUUAAAAUUAAUAACAAGCUUUGUACAUUAUUUCAAUAAUCAUAGAUUAGAACAUGUUAAUCAGGAAGAAAGGGUUAUUUCCUUGCUCUGCUCAUCCCUGGCAUGGCUUUAGAGUCUUACAAAAAAUUCAUUUUCCUCAGAACAAUCUAAGAACUUGAAAAUUGUUUAUGCUUACCCAGAAGAGAAUAAAAAGAUAUAAGCAGAAGGAUAUCUCCAAAAAACUAAAUAUCGACCUAGAAUUAAGUACUAUAAAAGUGAAUCUGGCACAGCAGAAAUAAAAGACUGUGAUCUAAUUUUUGUAACCCAUGAGGACUUGCUUUCCUGUAAAUAAGAAAGUUUCAAUAACUCAAUCUUGAUUUUUGAUAAUUACCCUAGUUUUAACAUGCAUAAAAGUCUUAAUAAAAUUUCUGUAAAAACAAUCAAUAAUAGCUUAGUUGAAUUAAACAAGUUAAAUAAUUUUAAAUCUGAAGAUACAUACUUUUUGGAUUCAUAAUGGGUCGAAUUAUCAAGAAAUGCUAUGGAAAUUUUCAAAGACAAAUUAAAAGAACCUCAUAGUGAUAGAUAAAAACAAAUAAAACAGCUAUUGGUGGAAUAAUUUACAAAUAAUUAGUAAUUGAAAAAAUAUAAAAAAACAUUUAACGAAUAUGCAAACAGUUGUUAACAAUUUUUGAAAAUUUCAAAUACUUUGAAGUUAACUUCUUUAAUUGAUUGGAUCAAAUUUAUCGAGAUAGUAUAAGAAUGGGAUAAAAACAAAGAAGAAUAUUAGGAGAAUUAUUUAUUUGUUGUAAAUUAAUCAUCCAAAAAUGCUACACUUUAUAUUUACCUUAAUUAUUAUUCAUAAUAUGUUUUAGAUCAUUUAAGAAAUCUAAAGUUUUAAUCUAUUAUUAUAUCAUCUAAAUCUUAAUUUUCCCCUUAGGAUAAUUUUCUAAAUAAGAUUUAAAUUAAACAUAAAAUUGAUCAGAGCGAGUAUUUUUAAACCUUCUUUAUAUAAUCAAAAGAUAAAUAUGUAAGUUUGUAUAAUACUUUGAUCGAAUUAUAAAAAAAUAUCCCAAAUGGCAUUGUAGUGAUAUUUUAAAAAAAGGAAGGCAUAACAUUGUUUAAGAAUUAUUGUGAGACUUAAACGCCAAAUAAUUUGAAAGAAAUUGAGAAAAAUAAAAUAUUAUUUUGGGGAAAUUAAAAGUAUGAUUAAAGGAACUUUAUUUCCAGUUAGAAAGAAGGAGUAAUUUUGUUUGAAAGUUACGAAGGAAUUUAAAAAAAAAGUGUAUUCAAAUCUCCAAAUUCUUUUUAAUUUUGCAAUGGAUUAAUUUUGGUUGAUAUGAAAUAACCAACUUAUUAUAUUUCAACAUUAAUGAAUGUGCAAUAUUUUAAAAAUAGAUCCUUUAAUAAUAUAAUUGAAAAAGUUUUGCUCCAAGAAAAUAAAAAUCGGUACUAUAUAAUUUAAAUAAAGGGUUUUAAUCAUUUUUGAUUAGGAUGAAGAGUUGCAAAAUUGGAUGAAAACUUGCGAAUUAUUUUAAGUAAAUUGCUUUCAAGACAAUAACCCAUUUUUGUUUCAAAUGAUUCAGGAAAACUUUAAAGAUUCAAGAUUUAAUUAAAUUUAAAUAGAAAACGAAGUUAAUUAUAAUCAUGUAUCACAGAAUAAUCAAUAAAGUAACCCUUAAAGUUAUGAUUAGCUUUAAAUUAAUUAAACAAUAUAGAAAAUCUACAGGACUAUGAGAUGGAAGAGGAAAGUGAUGAUUCCUCUAGCUCUUAAUCUAUUCAUUAUUCCAUAGAUGAAGAACAAUAGUGA